AUGAUUGACAAUCACAGAGGUUGGCAUGAGAUGUUGCCAUAUGUUUUGUUGGGAUACAGAACGACAAUCAUAACGCCAAUAGGAGCUACUCCAUACUUGUUGGUUCGCAAGUGGAUUGAUCAGUUAACAUUGAUUGAUGAGAAGAGAAUGAUUGCUGUUUGUCAUGGCCAAUUGUAUCAACAGAGAAUGAUUCGUACUUUGAACAAAAAAAUGAGAUCUCGAACAUUCGAAGAAGGACAAUUGGUCCUCAAACGCAUCUUCCCCUAUCAAAAUGAGUAUAAGGGAAAAUUUGCAUCAAAUUGGCAAGGACCAUACAUGGUUCGUAAAGUGUUAUCUGGAGGUGCCUUGAUCCUGUCGGAGAUGGAUGGCCAGGAGUGGCCAAAACCAAUCAACUCAAAUGCUGUCAAGAGAUACUAA